AUGUCGAGUAGUUUCAAAGGCUGGGGUCUUUCGUCCCUUGACAAGGACACCAAGGAAAUCAACCAGCUCGUGGAAUAUUUGCGGUCCCCUGAGGGUGGCUCACGCGAAAAGAUUGUCCUUUUUGGACACUCCACGGGCUCUCAGGACACCAUCCACUAUUUGCUCAAUUAUGGGGACUCUGUAGAGGGUGGCAUCAUGCAGGGGUCGGCCUCCGACCGCGAGGGCUUCUCACAGAGUGUGGAUCCUGCUCAGUGGGACAGAUUAAAUGCCAGGGCCAAAAGUCUCGUCGACAACGGACAAGGAGCUGAAAUUUUGCCUUCGGAAUACGCGAACUUGAUGAUGGGUACCCCUAUUACUGCUUACAGAUGGUGUUCACUGGCUCUGCCUGGUGGGGAUGACGAUUACUUCUCAUCAGACUUAUCGCCUGAAAUUUUGAAGACUACAUUCGGCAAGAUACAAAAACCCUUCCUGAUGGCCUACUCAGAGUUUGACCAGUUUGUUCCAGACUAUGUGGACAAGCCCAAGGUUCUGGCUAAGUGGGCUGCAUGCAGCAAUCCCAAAUUCUUCUCGCCACACUCUGGUCUGAUUAAAGGUGCUAACCACCAAGUUGAGCAAGAGGAUGCGAGGGAAUAUCUCUUUGGUAUGGUCAAGAGGUUUCUACGUGAACUCGAGCUCUGA